AUGAGCGACGCGACGCCGACGCUGCGGCUCAUGCCUGAUGCUCUCCACGCCCACUUGGUGUGCUCUCUCUGCUAUGGCUACUUUCGCGAUGUCCACACGCUGUCCGAAUGUCUGCACUCGUUUUGCAAGAGCUGUCUCCUGCGCCAUCUCCACGGGGGCUCCCGCCGCUGCCCGAUUUGCGACAUGGAUUUGGGCCCGACGCCCCACUACGUGUUUGACCGGACACUCAAUGCACUCUUGCAAAAGCUGAUGCCCGAGCUCGAAGCCUCGGACGCCGCCCUCGAAGCUGCUUUUAUGCACAGCACGCAGGAGAGCCCCCGGCGUUCGAGUUCUCCGCGAACGGAAACACCGUAUUCGGACAUGGCGAUACAUGUUGUGCCCGACACGGAAGCGGACGAAUGCGAUCAGUUACCAGGGCUCAACCAUGCGCAGCUCAAGCUUCCCGGUCACGCAACGGUUGCCGACGUCCAAAAGCUCAUUCGAGACCAGACACACGAAGAAGGGCGAAUUGAACUCGUGUGUCAUCGCACCGUCUUGUCGCCAGACGCGAUGUUGACGUCGGUCAAGCGAAAGCUCUGGCCCGAGUCGUCCAGAAUGGUCUGGCGCUACCGCAAGGGCCGCAAAGAAGACAUCGAGCACGCCGUCUGA